UUGGCCACUUCAGAGUGGGAGAGGGGGAGGUGAAGACAGCCGGGCAAACUGCAUCUCUGCCAGGCUGCUUCCUUUCCUCCUUGUUUUUUCUCUGCCGGAGUAGUUUGGCAAGCCCGCUUUGGAAGCCUCUGAGCCCUUCUCACAACACCCAGGCGAGUGGGGUGUAGCACUGGCAGCCCGGCACCUGGCCCUCCCUUAGUUGUGCUAGCACAGUCCCGGGACAGGACAUGUCAAGCUGCAACAGCCCCGGGGGCCCCGCUGCCCUGGACUUUCCGGAAGUCCUGAAGUCCCUGCUGGAGUACUCCUUACCCUGGACCAACAAGAUGACAGAUAAAGAGAAAGAGAAGAUAAAGCUUGAGGAAGAUGAGGCAGCAGCUGCCAGCACUAUGGCAGUCUCGGCUUCCCUUAUGCCACCCAUUUGGGACAAAACUAUUCCUUAUGAUGGCGAGUCUUUCCACCUGGAGUACAUGGAUCUGGAUGAGUUCCUGCUGGAGAAUGGAAUUCCUUCCAGCCCUACUCACCUGGAUUUGAACCGGAAUCCACUCUUGCCUGUGGCUGAGCUGGAAGGAAAGGAGCCUGCCAGUGCUUCCACUGGUUCUCCUGCAUCAUCCUCUUCCACUGCAGUUUAUCAGCAAUCGGAAGCAGCCUCCAGCACAGAGUCCCCACCACAAAAUGAGAGAAAUACUCCUAGUCCCAUUGAUCCUGACUGCGUAGAAGUUGAGGUGAAUUUUAACCCUGACCCUGCUGAUUUAGUGCUGUCCAGUGUGCCUGGAGGUGAGCUCUUCAAUCCUCGCAAGCACAAGUUUACUGAAGAGGACCUGAAACCACAACCAAUGAUUAAAAAAGCCAAGAAGGUUUUUGUCCCAGAUGAGCAAAAGGAUGAAAAAUACUGGACAAGGCGAAAGAAGAACAAUGUGGCAGCAAAGCGUUCCCGUGACGCUCGGCGAUUAAAGGAGAAUCAGAUCACAAUUCGGGCAGCCUUUCUUGAGAAAGAGAAUACAGCCCUGAGGACGGAGGUUGCAGAGCUGCGCAAGGAAGUGGGACGAUGCAAGAACAUUGUUUCUAAAUACGAGACCAGAUACGGACCCUUUGACUUAUCUGAUUCCGAGUGAUGCAACUUUAAAGACUUUUAAAAACAAAGAAACUAAAAAGCACACAUGAAUCGCCAGUCUUCAGAGUGAGCAGUGAAAUCUAUGAUGUGUCCCAACACAAACAACUGACGAUGACCCUGCCUGCCUGCUUGCCUGCAAGUACCCCAUCUGAACUACCCAGGGCUGGGCAUGAUGAAAAGUGCAAAGUCUCCUUAAUUAUGUAUAUGGCUUUCUUAUCUGUCUUUCUCACUGUAACUAUGAACUACAGUAAGCUUACUUAUUGGGGUUUUGUCAAGACACUCAAAGUUCAUGUCUCAAAGUCUGUUGACAGCCUGUGUGAAUAGUGACUCUUUGUUUUGGCACUUGAGCAGAAGAAAAUAGGGAGUUUUAAAUGAAAGUGUAUAUAUUAAGAACUGCUAUAUUUUAAGACUUUUCUCUGCAGUAGAAUGAAUUUUAUCUAAUACUGCAGCUCAUUUCUGUUACAGUGUGGCAUCUUGUGGAGUACUGUGAAUGCAGAAUUAAAGAUACCAGGAAAACAGCAGUCUGUGAUGUGUGAGAUUUCCAGUGCAGAAAAGUACAGCAGAUGUAUUGAAACAAUCCAGAAAGCACCACAGUGUGCCAUACAAAGAGUAGUAAUGAACCUCUAUCGAAUCACCCAUGUAAUAGUAAAACACUUCGUUUGCUUUCCUGCUCCACAGCUACACUGCUAUAACUUGCAGAUUCCUUUGUUUCUUUUACAAGGCUCACUUUCUUUUAUGGUGUCUUGCUGAAACAAGAUCUAUACUUCUGUUAAUGAUUUAGCAAUCAUGGAAAAGGUGCUAGUCUGAGCUGCUGAUUCCCAUGGCUUUUGGCAGUCUGAAACUAUGAAAUGAGUAUUCACUCCAGCAAAACAAUGGCUAUUAGCUGCCAUAUUACAAUUUUCUGCCUCUUGACUACAUGAGAACUGUGGUGGUGAAAGAGUAUUUAGUUUUAUAAAACAGAUUAACGGAAACAGCCAAUGAUUUCCCUCAGUUUAAAUGGGCAGUUUAAGUCCCAAGACCCUUGUGCUGGUGUGGGAGAGUAGAUGAAAGCUUGGACAGAUUGCGGGGAUGUUUAUUGUUGUAGAAGAUGGAGGAAGUAGGUGGAAGUUCCUUUUGUAAGAGUUUCAUCAGCAUAACAAGAAUCUACUCUUAUGUUAAGGAAGCUUAAGAGCUAAAUUUGUGUGAGAAGAAGACUACUUAAUUUCUGGCAAGGUAGUACAGGGACCAUGCUUGUAGCCAAAGUGGAGCUUAUAAGAGAGGAGUUUAUUCAUGCCUGGAGAUUGAUAAACAGCAUACACCUCAAGAAAAAUAAUCUUGAAAGCUUUGAGAAGCACAAGUGCUGAAAUUGAGGCACAACUAGUUACCAGCAAAGCUCAACACUAUUAUGUUGAACAAGUAUUUUGACUUUGCAUUUACCCAAGAGAUUCCACCCCUGAUUUCAGAGCAGAAGGGCAAAGAGAAAAAGUUGGAAAGAACUUAAUGUUGUAAACUUAGUUUUAAAAAAUAAUAAAAAAAAUCUUAAACCCCAGAAUUCAUAACCAGUAUAUUGAAGGCAUAACCUUUGUAAAGAGCAUAUACAUUAGAUGCUGUUAUUGACCUAUUAUUUUUAAUGGACCGUGUUCUGAAGUCAAGAGAGUGCUUUUACUUUUGUAACCAGCAAAAAAGUUUUUUAUAUAUAUAUAUAUAUAUAUGACUGUAUUAUUAUAAUUUUGGAUUCUAAAGCUCUGAGAUAAUCUUGAGGUAUUCUCUUCCAACAAAUUAAUAGUGUAGCUCCAUGUUGCUGAAAUGUCAGCAUGUAUCUCUAUCUGCAUUAAGUAUUGCUGAUUUGGACUGAUAUCUUUGGUAUGUACUAGUUUUUGUUGUUGUUUUAUUUUGGUGAUAAAGGCCAAACCAUGGAUUUAAAAAAAAAACCCCAACAAACAAAAAACCAACAAACCCCCAAACACACCCCCGAAAAAAAACCCAAAACAAUUAAAAAAAGCCACCAAAACAAAAAAACCCAAACAGCCCUGACAGCAUGUAAAUGUAGCAACUUCAUUCUUUGCUGUGAGGGUGGUGGGACACUGGCACAGGUUGCCCAGAGAAGCUGUGGCUGCCCCCUCCUUGGCAGUGUUCAAGGCCAGGUUGGACGGGGCUUUGAGCAACCUGGUCUAGUGGAAGGUGUCCCUGCCCAUGGCAGGGGGUUGGAACUAAGUGAUCUUUAGGGUCCCUUCCAACCCAAACUAUUCUAGGAUUCUGUGAACACUUUUUGCAGUUGUUAUUUCAAAAAUUUGUUAGCUUUGAAUGGCUAUUCUUGGAAGUCAUGCUUCCUGUUCAAAUCACAAAGCUAAAGAGUAUUGUAACUGGGCAAGGAGUUGCUAAUCCUUCAUUUGGGUCUUGCUGUCUUACUGCUUUAGGAAUAUUUUCUAAAUACUUACAUACUGUAUACAGGAUUUGGUUUUUCAUUAUGUCAUAUUUUAACAGCCAAAUGCUUGGUGAGAUUAGUACGUGCAAUUCUAUUAGAUUUUUCUGUUGUGUUAAAAGCUUACACAAUGGAAACUAACAGUGAAUGUUCAUUAGAUCUUUCUUUCAGAGAAGACUGUUAGCAAACUCUUGUGCUUCCUUGUAGGACAGUGCAAAUUUGCACAUUCUGUGAUUCAUGUGUCUACGGGUUGCAAAACUGGAAAAUCGCACUUUAGGGUGAGUACGAUUUUUGUAGCUGGAAAAUUUCUUUUGUUAAGGAGCAACAUCUUUAAAGAUAAAUAAGAAGGUAGUAACUAUUUAAAGGAGUGUAGGUAUUGCCAGACAAAAAAUUAUGUGCAAUGCUGAAUUCCUUUCUCAGUUUUGGCAGUCUCAGGAAGUUAAGCUUACUGCUUCAGAGCUCUCUGUUCCUCUCAGAACUAUUAACUAUAUAAUCUUAUUUCUUUGACUAGUUUGACAAUCUGUAAGUGAUAAUUUGGGUACAUUUUCACAGCGGUUAUAAGACGACCAAUAUUCUUUUAGCUCAAUUUGAACAUUAAAAGUCGCUGAAUUGACACUGUUAGAGUCUGAAGUUCUCUAGCCUUGAAACAUGCUCUGUAGAGGCCAUAAGUGUGCCUGAUGCCAAUGUACCCCAUUCCAGCCAUAAAGGGACCAUCUCCAAUGGGAGAGAAUUAAAGGGAGUGCACCUUUCAGCAUCACUGCAGGGAUUGCCAGUAGAGGGAGCAGUUUUUGACACAGCUGUACGUUCAUUAGGAAGUGGAUUGACACCAAACAGCCAUUUCACAGUACUAACUUUGAAAACUGUUGAUGAGGUUUGUGGACAGUGAGUGUUGUCUUAUUCUACAGAAUAAUGAUGCACAACAUUUAAUGCAUUACUGCUUUCAUACAUGGUCUUUUAAUCUACAUGUAGUUAUAUCUCCUUAUAAUAAUGUGUUUUGUAUUUAAAAAUACAAAAGCCCCAGAAGCUUAAUCUUUCACCUGUUGUCAAGAUCUGCUCCCACUGAAGCUAGUAACAAAAAUCUCUAACUCUCACAGGAAAAAGUCUUUACUCUCACAUGGGUAUCAUAAAGUUUUAGCAAGCACUGGAGUCCAGGGUGUCUUUGCUUUACUCUGGAGAAUUCUGUGCUGGGAUCCAGGCGGAUAUAUUGCGGAUUGCAGGUGUAAUUUUGGUAAUUUGUUUGCUUGUUCAUUAACACAGUUAGUGAUAUUCAGAUAGUCUGAAUUUUGCCCUGUGUGGACAGGUGAAAAAGUAGUGUACUAUAAACUUGCACUGGGAGAAGAAAUAUUUUUUAAAAGAAAAAGAUACGUGGCUUUUUGCAGUUCUUCUAGUAAUGUUUUAUGUCUUUUCUGACAAUUCAUUUCCCUGCUGUGCUGUUUGAAAGCCCAAGGUGUUUUAGCUGUAGAAAUCACUUUCAGUGUUAUCUGCAAGACUGCUACUGAUUGUACCAAAUUCAUUUCAAGUUAGGAGGUGCAGUGGAAGGCCAGCAGCUUUUGGAAUACUGUAAUAAAACCACUUUGUGGAAAAAUAUUUUUGUGUAGACGGCAGAAAUAAUGGACUUGCACAGAAGAGAAUAUUGCUGCUUCAACCUUGUAAGCCUUUUCAGCAUAACAAGGCUUUGUUCCUUGUGAUCAGAUGCCUUCAUUUUUAGUGAGAGUGGAGGUAUUGUGGACCUUUGUAAAAUCCAGAUAGGCUUUUCUUCACCUGUAUGGUUUUAGCUGCUGAGCACAAGAUGAGAAAUGCAAAUUUGUCUUAAUGUGUAAAUCUCACAUUUUUGGCAACCUACAUCUUAAAUCCCUAAACAGCAAAAUCACUUGUUAAUGCUAGUGUUUUGCUUUUGCAGCACUACAAGACGCUGGCUAACUUUCUAGAUUUUCAAAUAAUUACUCUGGUCUGUAUAUCUGCCACUGUAACAUGGUGAAGAUAGAUAAACUCACGAUGAAAGACUGGGAAAGAGGUAGAAAGAAUCGACUUAACUAAAGUUCUGUGGAGAUGAUAACAUAACACUAAUUGAGAAAUUACAAUUACUUAAUUCAUGAUAAUGCAAAUUUAUCAUACAGAAUGUAUUUUGUUAGUUGAUAGUGUGCUAUUCCCUAGUGAGUCACUUUUGGAAUGCAAACUUCUUGAAGUUCAAGCAGCUACAGGAGAAAGGAAAUCCUUUGAGGAAGAUAUACAUACAGUAUAGGUAAACAUACUUGGCAAGGAGAGUAAAGAAUGAAAACAGGAAGAGUAAUUCAAGAGGCUGACCUCAGCCAGAUUGCUGAAACUGAAGCCUCACUGUUUACAAUUUUAAAACAAUUUGGUUCUCCUCCGUUUAGCAGCAUACAAAAAAUAUGUACUUGUUUAGAUUUGGGGGAAUUUCCUUUUCUUGAUCUCAUUUCCACAGUCUGGAAAAAAGUGAAAGGAAUAUACAGACAGGGAGGAGAGUUACUGCAGAAAGGCAUGAAAAAAUAGCUAUUGCUUUAACUAAGUGCACUGUUGCACUAGGACUUGACCUGCCGAUGUGAACUGAUAGUGCUGUGUUGUGAAGAAAUUACUAUCUGAGGUCCCAUUAUUUUAAGGCCUCAAUUCUGUUGUCACUUCUGCAUGGAAUGAGCCUUGUAUCUGUAGAGAACCAUGUGGACUUCAUGGGAUCUGUUCUUGAAUAUGAAGCUCUGCCCAGGCAGUCAGAUGCAGAAUUGUGUCCUUAACACACAAUCAGUUGUAGUUAAUAAGGCUGUUGAUAUUAAGUGUAAAUUGGGUGCCUGUUACAUAGCUAAAACCCUCGUUACUUCAUUUUCCCAAUUAAGGCAUGAGCAGAAGCCCUUUGCUGUACAACAUCUGUAAAAAAAAAAAAAUGUACUUCACAUAUGUCUAGUAAAUUAAGGCAUGUGAUUUUGGUCUGUGGGUCUCAACAAACUUUGCUUGUGUACCUGCCUGAAUGUUUUCUUAGAUCUGCAGCUAUGUUUUAGUGAGAAGGUAUGGUGGGAUUUGUUUUCCUGAGGGGUCACAAUAGCAGCUUUCAUCUGUCAUGCUGCAGAUGGCUGCUUGCUACUGGCCAGGAUCAUGGAUGGAUGCAUCCUCUGCACUUUUAUGUGAAGUUGUCUGAAAUAUGGUGAUUAACCUGAUUAUUGGAAUACUGUAUUUUGUAUAACUUAGAACAUGUAAAUACACUUUUAAAACUAAUCUGUUCUAUGAAGUAAUAAAUAAGUGCUUCCAUUGUAAUAUCUGAAUAUUGUUAAUGCUUCAUGUAGCUUGAUUUGGGAUUAUUUUUUUCCUAGAGAACUACAGAAAUCAAAACAAAGAUUGAUGUUGUGGAAUCUAGCCUAGUUGUGAUGCUUUCUAUCAACAAAACAUGUUUUAAAAUUAAUAAUGAGCUACUUAAGCAGAGAAACUGAGAAUUUGAGGGAAUUGAUUCUCUUCCAGUCUUUCUUUAACAGUAGUCACUGAUUACAUUCAUAAUUGUACUCUUCCCAUCCCAUUAGCUGGACAGUUGAUCUGUUUUUUGUGAGUAGCGAUUUGGAAAGUGGCGAUAUUAAAUUAUUUGUAAAGUUUAGUGAUUGAGGAAAACUAAAGUGUUUUUUGGGUUUUUUUUAAACUAUUCAUUCUUGGCUCAAAUAAAUCUGUCUCCACCCUUCAGCCAGACUGCAGGAAGUUGCAAAGAAACAGUGAGUGACUGUUACUGAUGCUCAUUUGUAAUCUAGAUAGUCUACAUGUUUAUUAGUUCUAUUAUGUACAUAGAUGAUGCAGGUAUCCUGUUGUGGUGUGGAGAAAGUGAUUAAUGACUUGAGGUUUUGCUGAGUAUGUGUUCACUGGAUGCUGCACAGUUGGAACUUUCAUCAGCUUUCAUGACCUUUUCUAUCUCAUGUUAAAAGAAAAAAUCAAAACAGUGGAGUGAGAAUCAUGAGCAGUCUGCUAGGAAAUAUGAACACUUGGGUUUUGAGGAGGAGGUGAGAUUGAUCCAUCAGCCUUCAUCCAAAGAGAUUAGCCUGUGAUGACACUUUCUUCAGCCAUAAUGUAACUUCUUUGUCUUUAAUGCUGUACUGGAGCAGUGUUCUCUCUGGUAACAGCUGCAUCUGCAUCUUGCAUAAAUGACAAAGCCACAACAUCUUCUGUAGUGGGCAGAGAUGGUGGCAUAUCUUUCUUCUUUUUUUUUUUUUUUUUUUUUUUUGUGUCUCUAAGCUGUGAAAUAGCUAUGAAACAACUAAAUAUAUGUGCAAGUUAUUCAGAAAACUCUGUUCCUGUAAAGCUUGUUCAGAGAUAGUUUUUAACUAAAUAGUUUGAGGGAACUCCUAUCUGCUAUAUUUGGCCUGAAAUUCUGUUGCCUCUUGGAUAAAAGUAUUUUUUCGGCUUCAGAUGUGACACCGAUCUGUCCCAUUCAUUCAGUGGGAUGGAUGGAUGGAUGGAUUAUAAAUCUGAUCUUAGUUUUACUGCAUGUUAAGUUGUUUAAUCUCUUGGAUAUCUACUCCUUGAGAUUGUCUAUGUAUUUCCUGUAAAUGUAACUGCUUUUUGAAGCAGUCCAUCAAGUGCAUUUGAGAUCAUCCUGACUGAAAGAUUCUAUAGAAGUGAAAGAGAUUAUAAAGAUUGUAAAGCGGCUGGGUAAAACUGUGUUGCCAUAAAUGGUUUUAAUUUAUAUAUGAAUCUUUUGUCCCAAACUGCUUAUUUUGUACAUAAACCUACACACUCCUGGCAGCUGAUGGGUGAAAAUAAAGGUGCUUAAACAGCAAUCUGAUGAGGAAAGGGCAUUUCACUGUUGCAGAGUUGGUAUUAUUUUAUAUUUCCAUUUAUUACACUUUUUUAAAUGUAUAAACCACAGAUUUGAAUUCUCAAAGUCUUCAGCUUGGAUUUUGUGAGUAAUUUAAAUCUUCUCACCUCUCUGCUCGUAACUGGUUUUUAAGGAAAAAGAAAAAAAGCUUUUGUUUAAAAUGUAAAAUUUUGACUGUAUUAAAUUCUGUUAGUACCCUUCCUUUUUAAGAAAUAAAAUGUAUAUUCCA